AUAUUCUUCUAUAGUUUCCUUAAGAUGCGAUUUCAUUCCCAUUCCUGUCAUGGUUUAACUCAAGUGUGAUGCCACCCUACUGUCUCCAAGAUUGCCACUACUUCUACCGCACAGCUUUGCGCGGCCUUAGUAUCAGCACUUCCGUUUCACCAUUAUACACUUGAUACGCCCGAAUUUGACUAAUAAGAUGCCUACUCAAGUCCGUAUUUUUGCUAUGCCAAAGUCUCUUGGCGAGACCCUCAGUGCCAGCACGUCAACAACACCCACGUCUUUCCCUACACAAGAAUACAAGGCCGAAAGACCGGUGAGCCCUGAGCUCAAAAAUCGCCUUCCCAUAAUGGAGACUAUACCAGAGAGGCCCAAGGCCGGGGGAAUCACGUUUGCUAGCCAAGAUAGUUUACCUAAACUACCCAUACCUGAGCUAGAACAUACGUGCAAGAAAUAUCUAGCAGCCUUGAAACCACUACAGGGGCCAAGAGAGCAUGCCGAAACGAAGCUUGCUGUUCAAGAGUUCCUGAAGAAGGAUGGGCCUGAACUUCAAAAGAAGUUACAAGAAUAUGCUGCUGGAAAGACAAGCUAUAUUGAACAAUUCUGGUACGACUCGUACUUGAAUUUCGAUAACCCUGUCGUUUUAAACCUGAAUCCCUUCUUUCUAUUAGAAGAUGACCCUACUCCGGCAAGAAAUAACCAGGUUACCCGCGCGGCAUCUCUUGUUGCGUCAGCUCUGGAAUUCGUUCGUGCAGUGCGCCGAGAAGAAUUGCCUCCCGAUACGGUUAAGGGUGCGCCUUUAGAUAUGUAUCAAUACUCUCGUCUCUUUGGCACUGCUCGGGUACCGACAGAGAAUGGUUGUCAAAUCGAGCAGGAUCCCGAGUCUAAACACAUCGUUGUGCUAUGCCAUGGUCAAUUCUAUUGGUUUGACGUCCUCGACGAUAACUCCGAUCUUAUUAUGAGCGAAAAGGACAUAUCUAUAAACCUUCAGACAAUAAUAGACGAUGCGGCUCAAACACCGAUCCAGGAGGCCGCCAAGGGAGCCUUUGGCAUUCUUAGUACAGAGAACCGAAAGAUUUGGUCCGGCCUGAGAGACGUUCUUACUAAGGAGGAGGGAUCAAACAAUGCGGACUGCCUCGGAAUUGUUGACUCGGCCUUGUUCGUGCUGUGCCUCGAUUAUACAGAACCGGCUACGUCAGCUGCCCUAUGUCAAAACAUGCUUUGCGGUACGAAUGACGUGGUGAAGGGGGUACAGAUUGGUACUUGCAUAAAUCGGUGGUACGAUAAACUUCAAAUCAUCGUCUGCAAGAACGGAAGCGCGGGUAUCAAUUUCGAGCAUACCGGUGUCGAUGGACACACCGUGCUACGAUUUGCUAGUGAUCUCUAUACAGACACUAUAUUACGCUUUGCAAGAACCAUCAACGGUCAAGCUCCUAGUCUGUGGAAGACGACGAGUCCAGAUCCAUCAAAACGUGAUCCUGAGAGCUUUGGGGACGUCACCACAACCCCUCAUAAGUUAGAGUGGGAUAUAUCUCCUGAGCUUAACAUUGCCAUACGGUUCGCCGAAUCUAGACUUGCAGACCUUAUCAGCCAGAAUGAGUUCGAAUGCUUGGAUUUCAGCGGCUAUGGGAAGAACUACAUUACUUCCGCAGGGUUUUCACCAGAUGCAUUUGUGCAGAUGGCUUUCCAAGCAGCUUAUUAUGGACUAUAUGGGCGAGUUGAAUGUACUUACGAACCAGCCAUGACGAAGACUUUCCUCCACGGUAGAACUGAGGCUGUACGAACUGUAUCAGAAGAAUCUGUGAAUUUUGUCCAAACUUUCUGGGCGGAUAACCCGGCGGAGGUGAAGGCAGAUGCUCUCCGUAGGGCGUGCCAGCAACAUGUCAACGUCACCAAGGAAUGUUCUAAAGGACGAGGCUGCGAUCGACACCUCUAUGCCCUGUUCUGCGUGUGGCAGAGGUAUCUAGAUGAGGAGAGCAACCGCUCACCCAGCAGCAUGGGAUAUUCAAGCCCGGUCGAGAACGGCUCAAAUGGUUACGGCUCGGACCAAGGCUCCGUUGUCGGCAGCCCUAGCAGGGAAUCGGUGUCAUCAGGCGAGGGACGAACGCGCCAACGCGGCGACAGCACGAACUCGCGAUGCUACGACAAUCAAGUACCCGCCAUAUUUGCGGACAAUGGAUGGGACAAACUAAACCACACGAUCCUUUCAACAUCCAACUGCGGAAAUCCCUCCCUCCGCCAAUUCGGCUUUGGACCUACCUCCGGCGGCGGGUUCGGAAUCGGAUACAUCAUCAAGGACGAGGGCAUAAAUAUUUGCGUAUCUAGUAAACACAGACAGACGAAGCGCUUCGUGGAUACACUCGAGAGCUACCUACUAGAGAUUCGAAGGAUCUUGCGCAUCACGAACCGGAAGACCACGAGCUCGAGGCAGACGAGGGCGAGAGAGAUCGAUCCAGAACGCCCGAGACCGCACCAUCAUAGGGCUAAGACGAGGGGACGCAUGAUUACGGGUACGGAUAGCUUGAGGGCAAUGGCGGCGAGGUCAAGCACGGGGACGAGGAGCCCGACGGAGGAGAGUUUGAUGAUGAGCGAGGAUGACGAGUUAGGUGGUUACGGCUUCUUCGACGCAGGCAUGCUCCUCCAGGCCCUGAAGGCGCGGGGCGAAGCACUCGAACAGCAAGGCGAGGCGAAAGCUUCGGAGAGGGCGGCGGCGAAUGCGAGGAGGCGGGAGAUAGGGAAGAAAUUGAGGUUGGUCGAGUAUUGACUCUUAU